AUGAUGCAUCUUCUCUUCGCCUUUCAGUUGUGCCUCCUUCUGGUGCAACACAGCACAGCGGCGUACUUACCGACACUUCGUCGAAAAUUCUCGAUGUCCCCAGAAGCGGAACAACAUCCGGAUGGGAAACCGGCAGCCAGACUUUUCCUCCGACAAACCUCCUCCGCAGCCGGCAGCAGCUGUAGCCUUGCUGCCAAUAGCACGACCGAUGGAGAAGCAACAGUAUCUACGCCGACGGAUAGCAUGCCGGCAACUCCAACGUUGACACCAGCCGCGGCACCAGAGGACCCAGAAAUACCACCGCCGCCCCCGGUAGUACAGAGUUCCUUUUGCAUCCUGUGCCACGACGACAAAGUUACAAAACCGUUUUCCACCUCCACCUGCCCAGGUGGCAUCCCGCACACCCUGGGGCACCGUGCUUGCGUGCGUCGGUGGAUGACGCACCAAAAGGAGUCGUGUGGGCAUGUUUGGAAGGAUGGUGUGAAGUCAAACUGUUUGGUCUGUUUCAAGCCAGUAAAAUUUGCCGACGAGGACAGACUACGGCUUUACAAGAAUCGCUGCAUCGUCUGUUUCAAGCCACUUCCUGCAAAAGCAAGACCAAGACGUGAAGGUAAUCAUACGGAUGAACCAGGAGCAGGUACCCCAACAACAGCCAAAAACUCCUGGAUCUCUUGGGCAUGGCUGCAGCGGAACGAAAGACUUCGACGCGCAGGUGUUGUCGCCGAUCCAACGUCAAGAAGUACGAGCGACGCAGCCACGUCCAGCUGCGUAGUUGAGCCACCUUCCUCCUCCGACAGCGAUGAAGAUGAGAUGGACACAGCGACCUCCUCGUGUAGUGCCACUUUUACCACAGGCCGCGAGAUCGCACUCGCCUUGUUCAGCCAGGUGUCGUAA